AUGCUAGGGGAAACAGGCGUAAAACAUGGCUUAUGUUGCCUUCUUGUGCAGUAUUAUGUUGAACCAGUCUCAGGACGUCGAUUCCGGUCAAAAAAGGAAGUGUUUUACUUCCUUGAAACAGGAAGCAUGCCGCCCAAGAAGAAGUUAAAUCAAACUGCUGAUGUUGCGCCUUCCAAUAGUGUUGGUGGCCCCAGCCAAAAGCAGUCUGGUUCAGGGGCGAACAUUACUGGUUUUAAUUUCGAUCUUAAGAGUCCACCAGGAAAAGUCUCCUGGGUUUUGGCAAAUGAUUCUGAGAACAUAUGGACACCUUCUGCUGGUGGUAAAACAGUUCCUGAAUCCACUAAGCGAGAGUGGGAAGCUGUAUUUUUGAAUGUCUCAAAGCGCAGAAAGAAGAAUGGUACCUCAAGUUGA